GCAACGUCGAGGCUGAGAAUUCAAAUAUCCUUGAUUCUCGAUUCCCUUGCAGAAUGACACAGUCAAAUGAGUCCAAAACUGAAAAUGGUGGCCAAGGAAAGCGCAUGCACAAAAAAUCGCGCGGCGGUUGUAUCACGUGCAAGAUACGUCGCAAAAAGUGUGAUGAGAUGCGACCGAGCUGUCAGAGAUGCACUGGUACUGGUCGAAAGUGUGAUGGCUAUCUAUCGAUGAAAAUCGACAACCUCGAUUUUUCGUCUACGGGCAGUAACUUGUUAAAAUCCGGCCCCAGUCCGGUAUACCUAGGCUACAAGGCGUUAUUGGAUCACUUUCGUCAGGCAGUCAUUCCACAGUUCACUGCAUAUUAUAACAGCACACUUUGGCAGGUCAUUCUUGCACAGACAUCGGUGUCUAUGGAAGAUCUCCCAUAUGCCGCUGUCGCUCUAGGUGCUGCCCAUUAUGAGCAUGAAAACUACGGUUACAACCCCAAAGGAAAUAGGCUGAGCACGUUACAAGUAUAUAUUAAUGCUCUAUCUAAAUCCCGGGAGGCACUAUCACGCCUACCGAGGGAGCAUGCGG